GUGGCUUUGUAGACCUGCAACUCCUUGAAAUUGCGUACGUUUGGUGAAGGACACCGAGGCUGUAAAUGCAGCUGAGCUGAGAGUGGCUGCCUGUUGCAGAGAUUGAUGUCAGGAAGACGACCCAAACCGUGAGCAUAUCGAGCCCUCCUGGCUCCCCAGAGUGCAGCACAGCCACCCCGAUGGCGUCCGCUACUGCCGUGCCUGUAGGAUUUCACUAUGAAACCAAAUACGUAGUGCUCAGCUACCUGGGCCUUCUAGCACAGGAGAAGCCACAGGAGCAUCCUCCUCCUCCUCCUCCUCCAACUCAAGGGACUCAACAACAGCUUAUGGCACAACAUGCUCUGGAGAAAGAGGCUUUGGAGAAGAUUAAAAUAGAAAUCGAGGAGGAGCUAAAACAUCUUGAUGAAGAAAUCUUGGAAGCAUUUACCACUACAGGCUUUGACUGCCACACUUCCCCAGUGUUCAGCCCUGCCAAUCCAGAGAGCUCAAUAGAAGACUGCCUGGCUCAUCUGGGGGAGAAAGUGUCCCAGGAAUUGAAGGAACAUCUGCACAAAGCACUGCAGAGCUUGCUUAGCAAGCCGGUGACGUAUCAGGAGUAUCGGGAGCGCACGCAGGAGGCAUCUGCUCAUGCCAGUGGGUGGAACAAGGUCUUGGUGCCCCUGGUUCUGUUACAACAAUUUCUGAUGGAGCUGACGAGAAGGGGCCAGGAACCACUGAGUGCCCUUGUGAACUUUGGGGUGACAUAUCUAGAAGAUUAUUCUGCAGAUUAUAUCAUUGAACAAGGAGGAUGGGGAACAGUCUUCACUUUAGAAUCCGAAGAGGAAGAGUAUCCCGGGCUCAUUGCAGAGGACAGCAAUGACAUCUACAUCCUGACCAGUGACAACUCAGGGCAGGUGAGCCCCCCGGAGUCCCCCACGGUGACCACGUCGUGGCAGUCGGAGGGCCUGCCCGUCUCCCUGUCGGCCAGUCAGAGCUGGCACACGGAGAGCUUGCCAGUGUCCCUGGGACCUGAGUCCUGGCAGCAGGUGGCCAUGGAUCCCGAAGAGGUUAAAAGCCUGGAUAGCAACGGAGGGGCUGAAGAGAGGAGUGAGAACAACUCUUCCAACUCUGACAUUGUUCACGUGGAGAAGGAAGAGAUACCAGAGGGGAUUGAGGAAGCAGUGGUGCCAGCUGGUGCUGCAGAGACCAUACAGGCAGCCUUUCCAGAAACCUCUGCUUCUUUACAGGAAAUAAAACCUGAAAUUGCUGCUGCUGAAAAAGCACAUCCCUCCACACUUCUGCGUACAAAACAGGAGGAAAAGGGAAAAGCAGCUGAAGAGCUUGUUGAACCUGAAAUCCCCGUGUUAAGUAAACCUGUCCCAAAGUUAGCCCCAUCAGAAGAAAAGGCUGCACCAGAACCUGAGAAAAUACUGCUUCCAGGGGAAAAAAAAGCAGGGAAAGAGGGCCAUUUGGAAGAAAUAGAAGAGAAAUCCUCAGCUGCAGAGGAGAAGCCUAUCCUGUUGCCAGAAGGGAAAUCUAUACUGCUGUAUGGCGGGGCUGCCGCGGUCGCUAUAUUGGCUGUGGCAGUCGGAGUAGCGCUGGCGCUUAGGAAAAAGUAAUGGAGCUCUCUCAAGGAGGAGGGAGGAGAGAAGAGAGCACAUCCAAUUUUUGUAGUUGUGUUACCUAAAGGUUGAGCUGCCUGCUGUUUAAUUGGACAUUUGAGUAACUCAGUGGUGAUGAGGUGAGGUUGUUCAAUAAGCCUCCAGCUACGGACAAUCAUGUUUUUAGUAGAAUCGGGGCGGGGACUGGUUUUUCGUGAUUAAAGUACGGGGGUGUUUUUAAAAAAAAAUAACAAAAAAAAUCUGCAAAUUUAAGAACUAAAAGUGCAGGUGCUGAAGAAAGGGGUGCUCAUACUCUAGGAACUGGAACAAAAAAUCCCCAGGGGAAGGGGAGUGCCAGCUGCUGCCAGCCCCUGGAGAUUUUGGCUUCUCAGAUUGACCGCUAUUGCAGCUGUGCUGUCUUGUCACUUCCCGUUGCGCCCCCGAGCCCCUCCUAACAAACAUUAGCCAACCUGAGUCCUGUAGCGAGAGGCUGGUGUCCCUUUUGUCUCAGCUUCCUCUCAGGUACAGCACUGCUCCUCAUAACCUUCCAGGUUCCUCCUAAGCCCCAGUGGGACAGUGCUUAUUCUUACCUCUUGGCUCACACUGGUUUUGGCCCCUAACGUUUACUGGAGCCCCAUCCUGUGAAGAUGCUGCCUCUCUAUAGCUGUAUUAUCUCUGAGCAUCCUGGUGUUCCUGGGGCAGAGGUGCUGCCCAGGAGGGUGGGAGGGACACUGCUGUUUGCUGGUUUGAGAAUCCAUUUGCUCUGCUCCUGCCCAGCCCACCUUUCUGCAAGCUCUUCAGUUACCAGAGGUACGAAAUUGAUGCUGGACACUGAUGCUGGUGCCCUUGAGAUCACUACUCUGAUAUCUGGGGUAUAUUCAGCAAAAAUACAGCAAACCCGUGUGGAAGCAAGGCCAGUGCCUCAAGUGCAAUUCAGAUAUUAAAUGCUCUGCUGUCCUGUGUCACGCUGCAGUCUGCAUUGUCUUUCCCAAGUUAAGCACAGAGUGUAUUUAGUCCUAACUUGGUCUUGCCUGUGACAGAAUCCCAGAUAUAUAAAGCAAUGGAUUCUAGUAACUGAGCAAAAGAGCAUUAAACAUCUCUAUCUGCUUGUUCCUGGCCCGGA